AUGGAGCUGCUGUCCACCCCCCACAGCAUUGAGAUCAACAACAUCACCUGUGACUCCUUCCGCAUCUCCUGGGCCAUGGAGGACAGUGACCUGGAGAGGGUCACCCAUUACUUCAUUGACCUCAACAAGAAGGAGAAUAAGAACUCCAACAAAUUCAAGCACCGGGAUGUCCCCACCAAGCUUGUGGCCAAGGCAGUGCCACUGCCCAUGACAGUGAGAGGCCACUGGUUCCUGAGCCCCCGAACGGAGUACAGUGUGGCCGUGCAGACGGCAGUGAAGCAGAGUGAUGGCGAGUACCUGGUGUCUGGCUGGAGUGAGACGGUUGAGUUCUGCACUGGAGAUUAUGCUAAGGAGCACCUGGCCCAGCUGCAGGAGAAGGCCGAGCAGAUCGCAGGCCGCAUGCUUCGCUUCUCUGUCUUCUACCGCAACCACCACAAGGAGUACUUCCAGCACGCCAGGACCCACUGUGGGAACAUGCUCCAGCCCUACCUGAAGGACAACAGUGGCAGCCAUGGCUCCCCCACCAGCGGCAUGCUGCAUGGGGUCUUCUUCAGCUGCAACACCGAGUUCAACACGGGCCAGCCACCCCAGGACUCCCCCUAUGGCCGCUGGCGCUUCCAGAUCCCAGCCCAGCGCCUCUUCAACCCCAGCACCAAUCUCUACUUCGCGGACUUCUACUGCAUGUACACGGCCUACCACUAUGCCAUCCUGGUGCUGGCGCCCAAGGGCUCCCUGGGGGACCGCUUCUGCCGUGACCGCCUGCCCCUCCUGGACAUUGCCUGCAACAAGUUCCUGACCUGCAGCGUGGAGGAUGGGGAGCUGGUCUUCCGCCAUGCCCAGGACCUCAUCCUGGAGAUCAUCUACACCGAACCCGUCGACCUGUCCCUGGGCACCCUGGGGGAGAUCAGCGGGCACCAGCUCAUGAGCCUGUCCACUGCCGAUGCCAAGAAGGACCCCAGCUGCAAGACCUGCAACAUCAGUGUGGGCCGCUAGGGACUCCCAGGGAGCUGGGGGGCAAGGGAGAGAUGACCGGAAGGUGGAGAGGGGUGGCCCAGGUCCAGGGAGCUGGCUUUCUCUCCCCUGCACCCCUGCUCCCUCUCCCUGCCCCUUGGCACUGAGGCAACAGAUGGUGGUCCUCUUGGUAAGUGUGGCCCACCCCAGGCCUGGUGGACUUGGCAAGGCUUCUUGGCUUCAGUAGGUUGGUGGGUGGGUUGGAUCU